CCCACCCCCGAGGCGCAGCACUUCGAAAGGGCGCUCCAUCACGUAAUUCAGUACUGUACUGUACACGUCUUCCAGAAUAAUACAAAAGAGAUGCGCGUAUUUGGGGAACAUACUAAAGAGUUGCGCAUGCAGCCAUACUGAAGGCUGUAACGAAUAAUUAAUCGCUGAAUGCAAUUGGUUCGCUUAUGAAAAUACUGUCAUGCAAAAUCACGGGUCAUUUCGGGUAUUUUGAAGAAUCAGUUGGAUUAAAGGUGAGUUUAUAAUAUUUCACCAUCGGCAAUUUGCUUAUGCUGUUAUCCUAAAUAUGCUUGUGUAGAAUGCCAAUAGGUCGUGAUAACCGCUUUGAAUUGAGAAUUUGGCUACUUGUGUCCUAUCCCGUUUUUUUAAUGUUUUCAUGCAAGCCUACAUUGCUGCAUGUGCAUCGUGUUUUUAUUUUAUUUUAAUUUUUUGCCACAGUCAUUGCCUUUGGUAAACGUUUGCUUUUUAUAUUUCGCCUAUUCCUUCAAAUAGGUUACGUGUGUCCAAGGCUAUAGCCCAUAAUUGUAGAUGUAUAAUCCCCCUCCCCUUUCACUCCUUCCAUAUGUCUCCACUCUUCCCUGUGGCUUUGUCCCUGUAACCUUAUGUUACCUAUUUUAAUUUUUUGUCCCAUUAUUCUGUGCUAAAUAGCCUGCAAUCAUAUGCCCCAUUGUGCUCAGAUAGUGGUUAUGUACACAUCAAGAAAUACUAGCAGGUCUGUGCACACCUGCACAAAACCCUUUUGCCAAUAAUAUUAUUAGCAUUCUUUAAAAUAAAACGUGACCCAUCUGCCUUUUUAUACCUUUUUGUAUUGAAUAAUAAAUUGAUGCCUACAUUUUUUUAUUAUACAUUUUUACAUUUGUUUAUUUUUUUGGGAUAAUUCUCCCCUGAGCCGCAAAGGUCCAGAUCGUUGUUUAAAAUAGCUGUUUGGCCUCAUAGCCUUUCCUGUUAAAUGUACUAUUACAUAAGCGGAGCAUUGAAAAGAACUGGUCAGAAUUUCUGGUCAGACCCCAAGUCCCCGGGGAUACUAAAGGAGGUUAUGAUUAUACUGUGCGCUCAUAUGCCAGUGAGUAUGGAUUCAAUAAGUAAAAUCCCAAAUUGCUCUGGACAGAGUGUAAACAAUAGUUGGUAAGCAGGUUUUGUUUGUCAUUGUUCAACCUUUUUGUCUACCCCCCAGGUGUAUAGAAGGUAAGCAGAAGCCCACAAGCAAAGUCCUUUGUUAUCAACAUGGCUCUGAACACAAACAUGAACCCAGCCACCGCCAUUUGGCCAUGCGAGGAACAGCCGUCACUAUUGGACCAAGAUGCAUCGUUGUCAAGCCAAGCUCCCAUCAUCGCUGUGACUGUCAAGUCCCCACCAGAGAUGGAGGAACAAGAGAUCCAUAGCACCACCACCAGCUUUGGGCCCUGCCUGAGCCAAACCAAGGCAGGGGAACUGGUCAUUGUGAUCAACGAGAAAAUGGAGAACAGUAAGCCUGAGAACAUUUUUAGGCAGUGGCGCAGUCCCACUCCUUACAUAUUUUAUUGGUGCAUAGGAUAGUGGAGAGAAGACAGGGAAGUAAGGAGAGUUGCAAGUCAGAAGGGCACUGGGUCGGAUUCGACCCCAUGCCGAUUCUGGUAUUUUGUGCCAGGGUCUGCGGCACUAACCACUAGACCACACAGCCCAAGCUUUUUAAGCUCGGACUCAUUUAAGUUAAUGGUGUGCCUGCGGAAUCCAGGACAGUUGUGCUGCAUACGCUUGCUUGGACGGUUGGUUUGGGGAAUGUCAAAUCCAUUUAACUUACGAUUCUGGCCUACUAGUGCUCAGGGGACACUAGUUCAAUCGUUUACUGAUGCUUUUCAUCCCCGCCCCCCCCCCCCUCUCUAGGUAAUGGUAUCCUCCCAGCCCCUGCUGACACCACCUCCCCAGUCAUCUCCUCACCGCCCAGAAGGCAGCAGUCCAUUUCUUACUCCCAUCACCCCCACAACAGCAAGACCCGGAAGGGGAGUCGUGCCGGUUCCAUCGGCUACACCGCCUUCUCCCCGCGGCCCUCCAUCUCACGCCACUCCAGCAUUGCCACCAACCCGCCCAUCGACAGAGCCAAGCCCAAAGACUACCUAAUACUGGCCGUGCUGGCUUGCUUCUGCCCUGUCUGGCCAAUCAACAUUGUGGGGUUUGUCUACUCUGUUAUGGUAAGCCUCUUUCUUUUGACAGGUUAGAAAUGUAGAUUGGUAAGAAGGAUAUAGCACGGUAAGGGAGUGGCAGGACCGGGGAUUGAACUGCAGGAUUACCGCUAAACCACUGUUCCUCUUUCUGUCACAUUUUUGUGUCAAAGUAUCUACAAUGUUGUGCAAUGUUUGCUAAAUACUAUUUUUAGUAGAGCUUUGAAGACCGUUGCCUUUAUGCUUGUGGUUUCAUAUUCAUCAGAAACUACUUCUAUUCGUCUUAGACUGCAGUGUUGUUAUUGACGGUUAGCACCAGCUUUGUAGCCUGGUCCCAGAUCUGUUUGUGCUGUAUAGCCAACCUCUGGUCAUUGUCAUGCUAUUUCAUGACCAUAGGAGUUGGCAAGAGCACACAAACCGAUCUGGGACCAGGCUACCAGCUUUGUGUUUGGCUUCAGAAUACCUUGUGCUGUUAGUUUUAAAGGUCCAAUGCAUCUGUUUUAAUCUCUAUCAAACCAUUUCUGGGUAACAAUUAAGUACCUUUCUGGUCAAAAAGAAACAAAAAUAGCUUCUUAGCAAAGUGCAAUUUCUCAAGCAAGUUGUUUACUAGAGCUAUCUGGGAGUGGUCUGAGUGGGCAGGUGAAAGCUGAAAAAUAGCUGUUAUUGGCAGAGGUUUGGAAUCAUUUUUCUUAUUGGUCUAUUAACUAAUUUACAGCAUGGUCACCAUGGAAAGCCACAACUCCAUCCCACCAAAACAGGCUGAAAUGUCAGGUGGUCUUUUCAAACAGCUCUUACACUAAAAGGGCAUUAUCAUUCAUUUUCACAAUUUCACGAUAUUAUUCCAACCUCAUAGUGUGGAAAUAUACAGUAUUCAGACCCCUUCCCUUUUUCCACAUUUUGUUACGUUACAGCCUUAUUCUAAAAUUGAUUAAACAAUUUUUUUAUCCUCAUCAAUCUACACUCAAUACCCCAUAACGACAAAGCGAAAACUGGUUUUUAGAAUUUUUUGCAAACGUAAAAAAAGGGAUACCUUAUUACACAAGUAUUCAGACCCUUUGCUAUGAAACUCGAAAUUGAGCUCCGGUGCAUCCUGUUUCCAUUGAUCAUACUUGAGAUGUUUCUACAACUUGAUUGGGGUCUACCUGAGGUAAAUUCAAUUGAUUGAUCAUGUUUUGGAAAGGCACACACCUGUCUAUAUAAGGAACCCACAGUUGACAGUGCAUGUCAGAGCAAAACCCAAGCCAUGAGGUCGAAGGAAUUGUCCGUAGAGCUCCAAGACAGGAUCGUGUCGAGGCACAGAUCUGGGGAAGGUACCAAAAAAAUUCUGCAGCUUUGAAGGUCCCCAAGAACACAGUGGCCUCCAUUAUUCUUAAGUUUGGAACCACCAAGACUCUUCCUAGAGCUGGCCGCCCGGCCAAACUGAGCAAUCGGGGGAGAAGUGCCUUGGUAAGGGAGGUGACCAAGAACCCGAUGGUCUCUCUGACAGAGCUCCAGAGUUCCUCUGUGGAGAUGGGAGAACCUUCCAGAAGGACAACCAUCUCUGCAGCACUCUACCAAUCAGGUCUUUGUUAGUGUGGCCAGACGGAAGCCACUACUCAGGGAAAGGCAUAUGUCAGCCCGCUUGGAGUUUGCCAAAAGGCACCUAAAGGACUCUCAGACCAUGAGAAACAAGAUUCCCUGGUCUGAUGACACCAAGGUUGAACUCUUUGGCCUGAAUGCCAAGAGUCACGUCUGGAGGAAACUUGGCCCAUCCCUACGGUGAAGCAUGGUUGUGGCAGCAUCAUGCUGUGGGGCUGUUUUUCAGAAGCAGGGACUGGGAGACUAGUCCGGAUCGAAGGAACGAUGAGCGGAGCAGAGUACAGAGAUCCUUGAUGAAAACCUGCUCCAGAGCGCUCAGGACCUCAGAAUGGGGCAAAGGUUCGCCUUCCAACAGGACAAUGAACCUAAGCCCACAGCCAAGACAUCGCAGGAGUGGCUUCGGGACAAGUCUCUGAAUGUCCUUGAGUGGCCCAGCCAGAGGCCGGACUUGAACCGGAUCUAACAUCUCUGGAGAGACCUGAAAAUAGCUGUGCAGCAACGCUCCCCAUCCAAACUGACAGAGCUUGAGAGGAUCUGCAGAGAAGAAUGGGAGGAACUCCCCAAAUACAGGUGUGCCAAGCUUGUAGCGUCAUACCCAAGAAUAAUCGAGGCUGUAAUCACUGUCAAAGGUACUUCAACAAAGUACUGAGUAAAGGGUCUGAAUACUUAUGUAAAUGUGAUAUUUCAGUAAUUUGUUUUUUAUUUGCAUACAUUUUUAAAGACCUGUUUUUGCUUUGUCAUUAUGGGGCAUUGUGUGUAGAUUAAGGAAAAAAACAAUUUAAUCAAUUUCAGAAUAAAGGGUCUGAAUACUUUCCGAAUGCGCUGUAUAUACAACUGUAUGUGGACACCCCUUCAAAUUAGUGGAUUUGUCUAUUUCAGCCAUAACCGUUGCUGAAGGGUGUAAAAUCAAGCACACAGCCAUGCACACAAACAUUUGCAGUAGAAUGGCCUUACUGAAGAGCUCAGUGACUUUCAACGUGGCACCGUCAUAGCAUACCACCUUUCCAACAAGUCAGUUAAACUCCAUAUUAAUGCCCAUGAUAAUGGAAUGAGAUGUUCGACGGACAGGUGUCUACAUACUUUUGGUCAUGUAGUGUAUAUAAAACACAGGAAAAUCAUGUUUUUGACUGCACUGGCCCUUUAAGCAGUCCAUAACUAACCAACCUCUUCCUUCCUCCUCUCCUAGUCCAAGAACAGUCUGGAGCAGGGCAACCUGGAUGGAGCCCGCCGAUUGGGUCGUGUCGCCAGGAUGCUCUCUACAGUGUCACUGAUAGGAGGGACAGUCAUCAUCAUUGCCUGCAUCGUAAACCUGGCGAGUGAGUAUCACAGUUGGCCAACCUCUGUUGGCUUGUAUUCAUAAAGAGUCGGAGUAGGAGUGCUGAUCGAGAAUCCGUUUUGUCUUUGAUCUUUAAGACAACUGAUCCUAGAUCAGCACUCCUUCUCAAGACUAUGAAUACGGGCCCUGCUCUAUUCAUUUAAAGAAUCCUGCCAGAAAUCUCAAAGCCUUUACAAUAAAUCCCUUGGCUGGCACUGUUCGAUGACUUGAAAUGCAAUCCUCCUUCCUUCCUUGAGGUCUGAUUUGGAUUAGUGAAAGUGUAGCAAAAAGGGUUCUGUUAAUUACGCUUGUGUGAUGAGUAACCAUGCCUGAGACCUGAAGACUUGUGUUAGCUCCCAGAGCUAAUGCAUGGACUUAAGCUCAGGGGCCUAUGGGACUUAUGAGGGUUUGAUGUCCUUCACAGAAGCAAUAGGGCGAUCACUUUGAUUUCACUUAUCUAAUCAUCCAAUCACUUAAAUAUCAUUGGUCAUUUACAGCACAGGUGUCAAACUCAUUCCAUGAAUGGCCAAGUGUCUGCGGGUUUACACCCCUCCCUUGUACUUGAUUGAUAAAUUAAGAUCACUCAUUAGUUAGGAACUCCCCUCAUGUGGUCGUCUAGGUCUUCAUUGGAGACUAACUAAAAGGCAAUAACAAAAAUGAGCAGACACUGUCCUCCAUGGAAUGAGUUUGACAGCCCUGAUCUACAGGGAGGAAGGAAGGCUGCAUUUUAGAGUCAUCAAACAGGGCCCAGUUUGCCUAUAGUAAUGGAACUUAGGCUUACGAGUGUUUUAACGAUACAUCGUUCCGACAACUUCCGGAAAUGUAACAUGCUUCCCAAAACUUCACGCAGAAAGAACGUUCGCUAAGUGUGUCGUUGGAGCAUGUGUCGAUACUGAUAGGAUGGAAAGGCAGCGCUGCUCUCCGAUCAGCUUUCUCCAUUCAAAUCUUACCUUAACAUUAUAAUUAUUUCACAAUACUGAUGAUGGAUCAGCUCCGAGAGAUGUUAUCACCUACAUGGCUGCAAAUAUUGAGGUGGCUUAUUCUAAUGCACAAAAUCACAGAUUUGGCAGAUCAUGAAAUAUGUUGAGGCCAAGAUUACAGAAAGUGUAGCCUACAUUUAGUUAAAUAGAACUCAGUUGACUGAACAUGAAAUUGAUUUAAACAAAAAUGUUAAUAUAUACGCUUAUGUAGCCUAUACUGUUUAUUUUUUAAGGCAGUUAUCUCGGUUUUCAUUGGACACUUAUCUUUAUCCUUUGCUCGUAACAAUUGCAAAGACAUUGGCAACUUUGUAUUUGUAGUCAACUUCGUUCCGAAGUUAUCGGUGGUCAUGUUGACAGAGAGACAGAUAAACAGCUUGAUUCUAUGUUUAGCGGAGAUCUUCUGUGUAUAAAGUGACGCGAAAGAGCAAAAAUGCAUCUAACGACUCACUUAGCAGUCUGAGGCAGUCGGUAAAUAACAAGCGUUUUCAAGUGGGACGCCUAGCGGUUAAGAGUGUUGGGCCAGUAACUGAAAGGUCGCUGCUUGGAAUCACAAGCCGACUAGGUGAAAAAUCUGUAUGUGCCCUUGAGCAAGGCCCUUAAUCCUAAUUGCUCCUGUAAAUCGCUCUGGAUAAGAGCGUCUGCUAAAUAACAAAAAUGUAAGUGCAGCUUUGGUAACAAUAGUUUUGGUAAACAGCUCAGAGAUUUAAUGAUGCUCCUACGUAGGCUCUAACAAUAUACUUAGCCUUAAGAUGCUUUUGGGAGACUGGGCCCAGGACUUUUGUGUGUGUCCACUGGCUCACUCCAAACAUACUCACACAGCCGUAAACGGGGUCGCUCAGUCAAAUGAAAUUACCCAUGUGGGAUUGUUUAGUUCACUAAAGUUCAAUAAAAUGCUUAACAACAGUACUUUGGCUGUUUUCGAAUGUUUAAAAAGUUCCAUCCCAUCGGGUCUUAUUAAGCCAAAGAGAUGUCCUAAUGAACUCACUGAGAGCAGCGACUGGAACUAAAACUAGCAUAUUGUACACGCAACUGGAGUUAAAGGGCCGGUGGCCGUUUUUUAUACAUUAUGUAACUGUUCUCUGUAGCUCUGUUUGCUUCUACUUACAUAUUGAGCUGGCAGAAUGAAAAAUUGCUUGACUAACUGCUGAUGUGUUCCUUCUUUUUUUUAGUAAAUGUGAAAUCCUGAGUAUCGUCUUGCCGUGAAACAGGAUCUAACAGUUGGAUAUCCGGAAACAGGAUCUAUCUAGCUGAAGGUUCCUUUUUACCUUCUCUUACUGUGUAGUCAUUACCUGGACAUGCUAUGAAUAUUAUACACCUGAUAUUACGUACCUUUUAUAAUUGAUAUUAUCUAAUCCUUUGUUAAUGAAAAACCAAUAUGCAAGACGCUUCUGCUACAAACUGGUCUGGGCUUCUCCAAUGAUGAAUCAUGCAGUGGGGAAACAGACGAUCAGACUAAUUCCUUACUUUGUAUUCUGACCAACACUGAACACUGUCCUUCACAAGGCGCCAUUACCUCAACCACUGGCCAUGAUCAGAGAGACAGACCAAAACGAGAUGUAUUGAGAAAGGAUGACAACAACAACUGAAGAGAUUGUUUAAAGGAGAUGUGAUCAAUGUGAGAGAAACUGGGAGGAUUGCUUCACAGCUUGACUACCUACCACAUUGGAGGCCAACAAAAUGUCUGCUAAGUCCAUCUUUCAUUGCCCUGACGAAAAGACACAUCAGAAAUUCAGCUUGGCAUAAAAUCCCAUCGGUAUAUGAAGGUGCUUGAGGGAUUUGCCUUGCAUUGGAAACUCAAAGAAUAAAUUAAUUUCUGAGGAAGAAUUCCCCAUUCAUUUCUGAAUAGGCUUAUAUUCUGGUUUCAGUCAGUGUAUAUCCUUCCUGUCUUUCAGGCUACUGUUAGCCAUUUUGUAUUUAAGAGCGAGGGCAGGAGGGAAUGACGCUCACCAACACCCUUGACUGCUGAGAAGAUGGAAGGGAUAAAUAUUUCUUGGGCACGAAGCAAAGUCCAAGUAAAGGACACAAUUGUGCCCAAAAAAGAAAGAUGUGCCAUUGUGCUUAAAAGCUUUUGGUGACCGCAAUAUAUAUCUCCAUGUGUUUGGCUUAGGACCUGAAAAUAAGGUGAAAUGGAUGCGAAAUGGGUGGCAGGAGGAACACAAAAUAUGUAAUUCAGUUACUUUAUAUCCAUUUUCCACACUGAGGAUGGGCCUUUUAGACUGUUAAUGAAUGAGAGCAUUGCUGACAAGAGAAGUGGAAAAACCUCAAAACAAACCACCAUAACAGGUUAUUUACAACAUCAAUGAGUUGUUAAAGUUCUGUCAUUGUGAAUCAGUGAAACGCUAUUUCUUGUACCUUAUUGAUAAUGUUUGUAAAAAAGGAUCAUUUGCAAAAUCAGAUUUUAAACCACAAGUUUCAUAAUCUGAUGCUGAUUAUGCUUUUGAAGUACGGCGCUGUCGAUGACAGAUGGUCGUGGUGUGUGUCCAUGCAUAGCUAUUUGGUUACCAAAUGACAUAUUCACUGCACUGCUGUGGCUGGUCACAAUAAAAUGAAUUGCCAGUGUUCAGUUUGGUGAUACUGGCAAUACGGUAAGAACCCUGGGUAUCUAGUGUAUGGGGACCCAGAGAACAUAAUCUGUUAUCUUUCCGAUUUAAUCAAGUGGGUAUCUGAUCCCCAUGCUGGGUAUCUAGUGGUGGACAUUAAAGGGAAGGUUCACUUGACAUUUGCAUUGAUUUAUUCACUUAAUUGUGUUGCCGAUUGAUCCAGGAAUUGAUGUGCAGGGUUCAGAUUUGUUUAAAUAGCCACAGCUAACUUUAGCCACUGCUAACCAGAAAACAAUGGAAGCAAAAGGGGCAUUGUUGAUGGUAAAAAUGGUGUGGCCAAAUCAACUGAAAUGAAGUCAGUAGCUAGGUUUCCAACCAUUUGGUGACAGAUUUUUCACGGACUUUCUGCGGAUAAAAAUCAGUGUGUGAU